AAGCUUCCUGAGAGCCAUGGUUGGUUCAGGCAGGCAAUCCGAGCACCUCAUGGACUGGCUGCUAGCCGGGGGUGGGGGGAGGUGGGGUGAGGGGGUCUGUUUGUAGUACUCCCAGUCCUGAUGUCACAGGCGCGGCAAGGACAUCGCAAGGAGGAGUCGGAUUACAGUAAGGAUGGGCAGUGCAGCAGGCAGCCCGAGCGCACGCUCCAGCCGCCGGGGAUCGUAGCGAGGAAGACAGGCGAGCUGCGCUGCAGCGCUCACCCCGCAGAGGAGGCGCGCGGGGCGCGGGGCGCGGGCUCUCCACGCCGGGGACCUUCCCACCGAGUGGAGCAUGCAACGGCUGUGCUCUGUGUGGCAGCCUGGGGUACGAGCUGAUGCUGAAGACGCCGCGGUGGGGGUUCCAGCGGUCUGAUUAAUGAGAAACAUAAUGUAUUUUGGUGGCACAUGCCAGAGUCCUGCUAUCCCAGCCCUGGUCCGUCCACCAGCCCCUCCUUUGCAACCAUCACUGGAUAUUAAACCAUUUCUUCCCUUUCCACUUGAUACUGCAGCUGCAGUCAACCUCUUCCCAAAUUUUAAUGCGAUGGACCCGAUUCAGAAAGCUGUAAUAAAUCACACAUUUGGGGUUCCUCUUCCUCAUCGAAGAAAGCAAAUCAUAUCAUGCAACAUUUGUCAGUUGAGAUUUAAUUCUGAUAGCCAGGCUGCGGCCCACUACAAAGGCACGAAACAUGCCAAGAAGCUCAAAGCACUGGAAGCCAUGAAAAAUAAGCAGAAAUCUGUAACUGCCAAGGACAGCGCAAAGACUACCUUCACCUCCAUCACUACCAAUACCAUCAGUACCAGCUCUGACAAAACAGGUUAAGCGAUGAUCUUUGUUGUCAUUGUGAUCAUUGUU